AUGUGUCUUGUUCUAACUGCGGCUAUACUCCUUUUCGUAGUGAGUUCUUCAGCAAAUCCUUACACAAUGCAGCCAGUUCAACCAGUAGACCUUGGUUCAGAAUAUACUAUAGCCGACGGCUUAUUAGGUUCCGCCUUGUCUGUAAUAAUGGAUGUAAAAGCUCAAUUCAGAGAAAUCAUAAUAGAUAUUGCAUUACAAGCUUUCAGAUUAAUCAAAGAGUGGUUCGCCCGUUACAAUGUAUACUUACAAAAAAAAUUGGCGAAGUACAAUCUUUCUCAAGUUUUUGAAGCUCUGGUGAAUUGUGUUAAUGAAUUUAUAAUUGAUCCAGCGUACGAAGUUUUUACAGAGAAUGUGGAGGAAUCUAAGCAGCCUUUAAUUACGAGCUCUGAUUAUCUUUACAAAAGUCCUUAUAACUUGUGA